AUGGCCACCGGCACCCUCCUGCGCAGCCUGGCCGACAACGAGUGGUCUGCCCAGCCGAAGAUCUUCGGCCUGUCCAGCCACGUCUGUGGGGACGGGAAGGAGGUGUUCGAGGGCCUGGAGCGUUACUCCACCUACGCGAACUCCCUCUGGGAGGGCGCCAUCAUCAUGUCCGCCGCGCUCGACCGCAACCCCUCCCUGGUAAGUGGCAGGGUUGUCCUGGAGCUGGGAGCGGGCCUGGGACUCCCAGGCCUGGUCAGCGCCGCCCUCGGCGCCUCCCGGGUGGUCCUGACGGAGCUGGAGGAGAGCCUGCCGCUGCUGCAGCGCGGCCUGGCGCUCAACCGGCGGCGGCUCGGGCACGCCACCGUGGAGGUGCGCGCACUGGACUGGAACUGGCCGGCCGAGGAGCUGCGCGGCGCGGCGGGCGGCACGGUGGACGUGGUCCUGGGCUGCGACAUCCUGGCUGGGGUGGUGGCGGGCUGCGCGCACUACGGCCCGGUCCUGCGCGCGGCGGGCUCGCUGCUGCGGCCAGGAGGCUUCGCGCUGUUCACCGCCACGCCGCGGGCCGGCGUGGAGCUGUCGAGGUUCACGGGCGCCUUCCAGGAGGCCCUGGGCGGCACCCGCUGGCGCCUGGACCUCCUCCCCGAGAGCCUCAAGGCCCCCGGCUUCGACGACGGGGAGACCUCCCUCCUGCGCCUGUGGCGGCCUCCCGGCCCGCUGGCGGAGGACGCCGUGGCCGGCGUGCGGUCCUGGGCCCCGGGGCUCGGAUGCUGGCUGCCCGUGGCGGAGCCCGGGAGCUACUCGCUGGCGGCCCGCCGCGAUGGCUGCGGCGAGCCGGCCGGGUGGGCCCUGACGCUCGGCGCGCGCCCCGGGGCCACGGUGGACAUCCUCGACAGGAUCAAGAUGAAGCUUCAGUCCCCCGAGGGCGCGGGCAUCGACCUGGCCGUGAGCGAGGUGGUGCUCCCCAGCGCCAGCGGCCAGCUGGGCGUCCUCGCCAACCACGCCCCGAUGAUGACCGCCCUGGACACGGGCGUGAUCCGCUACAAGCAGAACGGCAAGUGGAUGCCGCUGGUCGUCAUGGGCGGCUUCGCCUCCGUGGACUCGAACUCCCUCUCCAUCCUGGUGAACGACUUCGAGACCGUGGACACGAUCGACGCGGAGGCCGCCAAGAAGGAGAUGGAGGAGGCCACCGCGAAGCUCGAGAAGGCGACAAGCAAAAAGGAGAAGCUCGACGCUACUGGUGAUGUGAAGAAGGCUGCGGCGAGGCUACAGGACGUCGACGGCGAGGACGACGCGCUGAGCAAGUCCCGCUGGCGCCGCGCUGCCGCGCGGGGGCUCGCAGUGCUCACGGCCACGCUGGGCAUGCUCGGGCUGCUGUCCUGCUUCGGCUUCAUGAUCCUCGAGAGCGCGCGGCACAUGCGGGACCACUGGGAGGUGUACCAGAAGGGUGCCGAGAGGCUCGCGCGGGACCUGAAGGUGCUAUUCCUAAAGGUUCCUGACAGCAUCUUGAAGCAGACCCAGGAUAUCAGCACUGACAUGGUCAAGACAGCGCAGGACGUCCUCUACGGCCUGCUCGGGGAUUUCGUCAACAACGUGAGCUCCCUGCUGCUCGGUGGCCUGCUGAUCCCUGGACGCCUCGCGGCCCACUCUCUCGCCGCCCCCCGCUUCCGGCUGCCGAGCGGCGCAGGUGGCGGGGAGGCAGCAGAGUGUAGGGCAGGGGGAGGGGCGGCGGACGAGGAGGCGGGGGGCAGCCCCACGCGCAACGCGCACGGCCCCGCCACAAGCGGGCGCCCGCGGACGCUGCUCUACACUCUCUUCUGGCUGUGCUCCCCCGUCCCGAUGAACUCGUCCAUCGACAUCAUGUUCCGGAAGUCCUGCAACUGCCGAGAGUGCGACUCGGCCUCGUGCCGCGGACAGCUCACCAAGGCGUUCCUCUCGAUCGAUCUCGCAUCUGUCUUCGCAGCCACCACGUUCGCGCUGAACUAUGUGCCCGAGGUGGGGCCGUUCGUGGCCAUGGUGCUCCCGUGCCCCGUCAUCCUCUUCGACAGCCGCAUCGAGCGGCCCUUCCUGGUGCUGGUCACGGCCAUGGGAGGGCAGUUGGCCUUGAAGUUCGCCUUCAGCAACAUCAUCGAGGUCAAGCUGAUCGAGAGCGACAAGAAGAUGAGGUGCCGCAGGGAGGCCGGGAGGCAGCUCGGCGACCCGGAAGGCCGGCUCGUGAAGCGGGUCGGCCUGCACUCGCCGGGCGCUGCCGGCCUGGCGGUGCUCCGCGAGCUGGGGCGCGCCUGCCCGCGGGAGGAGGCCGGCAUCCGCCGCCUGGUCACCAGGCUGCAGUGGAACGGGGUUCUGGUCCGGCCGACCGACGUCACCAUCGCGCUCAAGAGCCUGGGGACCGCCAAGCUGUGGAGGGAGGCGCAGCUCCUCCUCCGCAGCGUGCUGGCGUCUGGCCUGCAGCUGGACAGCUUCCUCCUCACCAGCGCCUCGGCCUGUCUGCCGCCGAGGCAAUGGCGGCAUGGGCUCGCGACGCUGAGCUCGGCACGACUGGAGUCAAUGGCUCCGGACCAGCAGCUGCUGGCCACCGCGAUGGCCAGCUGCUCGCGCGGCCAGCAGUGGCGGCGCUGCCUGGGCCUGAUGGGCGGGCCAGGCCGUGGUGAGCUGGGGCCGAGCGAGGCAGGCUACAACAUUGUGGCGGAUCAUUGA